AAUGUACUGUGAUUUUGAUCACAUGACACCACAGCUCGUGUUAACCAAUAGUUUUAUUGAGUUUUUAUUUAAUUGAGGCAGACCUGCAGCCACUGGAGCUGAGGUGCCCCACAUGAGGCAGAGUCUCACUUACAGACAGACAGUCAUAAUGGAACAUAUGUGCGCACUGCUUCCUUUAGUUAGGUUAAAGUCCUAUAGAGUAUCUGUUGCUGCUGGUUUUCACACUGACAGAAUGACGAGUGUGUUACGUCGGCUUUUUGUGUCUCUCUCUAAGUGCGUUUCAGUUGUCGCGUGCGUUUUGGAUGGCACAAAAAUGCGCGCGGCGUUUCAUCUCUGCUGUCAAAUCCAGAAACUAAAAAAUAUGUUUUAAUCCUUUUAUGCUGCUAUUCUUUUUGGUACCAUGUGUCUAAUUGGACUUUAUUUCGCUCGAAAACUGUUAUGUAAGUUGUAGCCUAUUAUUAUUUAAAAAUGAUUAUGAGCUUAUUAUUAUUAUUAUUAUUAUUAUUAGUUUAGAGAAAGAGCACCAAAAGCUGUUUGGGAUGGACUUUGCCCACAUUUCCAAUUCAUCUUUUUCAUCCAUCAGUUUGCCCGAGGAUCUAGAAGAAGAACAUGAGCAGUACAACAAUGUGCUCAUGCCAAGCAUCUUUGGCGUCAUCUGCUUCUUUGGGAUCUUUGGAAACAGCAUCGUAAUCUACACCAUCGUGAAGAAAACCAAGUUCUGCUCCCAGCAGACGGUACCGGACAUAUUCAUCUUCAGCUUGUCCAUCGCAGACCUCCUCUUCCUCCUCGGCAUGCCUUUCCUCAUUCACCAGCUCGUAGGCAACGGCUCCUGGUGCUUCGGCGGCACCAUGUGCACCGUCAUCACAGCGCUGGACUCCAACAGCCAGAUUGUCAGCACGUACAUCCUGACUGUCAUGACUCUGGAUCGCUACCUGGCCACCGUCCAUCCCAUCCGCUUCAAGCACGUCCGAACCCCCUUUGUGGCCGGGGCGGCGGUGGCGCUGGUGUGGGCGUUCUCUCUGGUCUCCAUCACUCCGGUCUGGAUGUACACGGGACUCAUGCGUCUGAAGGACGGCUCGGUGGGCUGCGCCCUCCUUCUGCCCAACCCGGCCACGGACACGUACUGGUUCACCCUCUACCAGUUCUUCUUGGCCUUCGCUCUGCCCUGGGGGGUCAUCUGUGUGGUCUUCUUCAAGAUCCUCCAAAACAUGUCAGCCACAGUCGCUCCGCUGCCCCAGCGCAGCUUGAGGGUGCGGACGAGGAAGGUGACCCGUAUGGCAGUGGCCAUAUGCCUGGCGUUCUUCAUCUGCUGGGCCCCCUACUACAUCUUGCAGCUGGCCCACCUCGGAGUGCAGCGGCCCACUUUUGCUUUCCUGUUCGCCUACAACAUUGCUAUCAGCAUGGGCUACGCCAACAGCUGCAUCAACCCAUUUAUCUACAUUGUAUUAAGUGAAACGUUCAAGAGGCAGUUCAUCGUAGCCAUCCGGCCAUCCCACAGGGGCUUCAGAGUCGCCCCGGCUCUGGCUGAUGGCAGCAUGAGCCUGAGGAUGGCACCAGACAGUCAUAACUCGCAGUUAGAAAGGGAACUGCUUCAAAACAUGCUGCCUGUCACUGUGGCUGUGCACUGAGAUGGACACACAUCGCUGGCCACCCAUGACCACUGCCAACCGCCAUCGCCAACAAACGGCCACCUGCCACUUCUGACUGCUGUUGUUCCCUCUGCUACAUGAAGACACAAUGUCCAAUCCAAAUGUGACUCUACUGAGCUAUAAAGUACAUUUAUGU